CUCAACACAACACCCUCCUCGAUUUGUCUUCAUGGCGUCCAGUCAGGACGGGGAGCAAGCCCCCCUUCUCCGAGCAACUCAUCAUGUUGACGAUGCCAGAGAACCUGUUGUUGGCAAUGCUCCCAUAUCGCGUCUGGCUAUCAUCGUCCAAUGCCUUCUGUUGCUCUUCUUCGUAGGUAUUGGAAAGACACUCAUUAUAAGACCAAUAAACCAGAUACAAGAAGACAUUUUAUGUCACAAACCUAACAUGAAUGACACACAUGUUUUAGAUAACUAUGCUUGUGAAGACAACGAAUUGUCUCUACUUCGAAGCUGGAUAAUCGCUUUCGAAAGUUUCAUGAGCUUUUUGGCCGCCGCACCAUGUGGUAUGGCGGCUGAUACAUAUGGACGUAAACGAGUACUUCAAUUGUCCAUUGCAGGUAUCAUCUUGGCACAAGCAUUUGACGCGGUUAUAUGCUGUUUCCCAGAACAGUUCCCAAUCCAGUUGGUGGGGUUGAAGGGAAUUUGGACUCUAAUAGGGGGUGGUGGUACUAUCCUUUCGGCCAUGAUAUUCACGAUAGCAAGUGACAUCAGCCUAGAUACACAAAGGUCAACUAUGUUCUUUUACCUUACGGCUGCUGCAAUAUCGAGUGAACUGCUAUCCUACCCGGUAUUGCUGGCUCUCACCUACGCAGGCAACUGGGUUUCCAUAUAUGCCGGCUUUGGUUGCCUAAUUGCUUCGUUCUUGAUCACUCUCUCCUUGCCAGAGACUCUCGUACCAGACCUCAGGAGUGGUGGCCCAAUGAUAGUAUCUGAUACAUCAAUCCCUUCGUUUAACAACUUUCGACUCACCCAGUUCCUAACAUCAAUGGUUGUGUUAAUCCAUCGUACUUUUUCCGAGAAUAAGAAGCUAGGAAUGCUUAUAGUAUUCUGUGUAUUCACUACAACGGGCAACAAUGUAGCACUCCUCGUCACGCAGCAAUCUUCACAGCGACCCGACUCCGCAGAUAUACCAAUAUUUAUAUCGAUAUUUUGGUCCAGCAUUUUAAAAGUCGUUUUGUUGACCAUGAUACUACCCCUAACCAGCCGCCUCCUUAUCAAGAAGCUCCGCUUCAGCCCAAUGAGAAAGGACAUAUCUAUCUCACGGGCUAGCGUUGUAGCGCUUGUGGCCGGAUCUUUGGGGAUAGCAAUUGCAAAACGAUUCCAGUCACCUAUAGUAAUCGCAGCCAUCUACGUCUAUGCUCUUGGAUGUGGAUAUAGCCCAGCUAUGCAUAGCCUCCUUGGCCAUCUGUCCGGGGGCCAUCACAUUGGCAUGUUGUACGCAACUAUUGGCGCAAUGCAAAGCAUAGGUACCUAUAUAGCCGGUCUUAUGUUUGGAAUCUCGGUUGAAAUUGUGCCAUUUAUUUUUAUAUUUUUGUUCCUGGCUGUUGUUGCGGGCACCUUAUUUUGUUUACAAUUGGAAGAGACGGAGCAAGGAGAACUAAUUUGGAUUGAUCUGGAUUAUCUUGAAUCGCACAGCAAUUAG